AUGAACCUCAAUUGCUCCUUGUGGCAGGAAAAUAGCAUGUCUGUCAAACGUUUUGCAUUUGCCAAAUUCUCUGAGGUCACUGAGCAGUGUUUUCUUUUGUUUACCCUCAUCCUACUCAUGUUCUUAGCAUCACUGACAGGAAAUGCUCUCAUAGCCCUCGCUAUCUGGACCAACCCAGUCCUCCACACUCCCAUGUACUUCUUCCUGGCCAACUUGUCUCUCUUGGAGAUUGGCUAUACUUGUUCUGUCAUACCCAAGAUGCUGCAGAGUCUUGUGAGUGAGGCUCGAGGGAUCUCUCUGGAGGGCUGUGCUACACAGAUGUUUUUCUUUACAUUAUUUGCUAUUAGUGAAUGCUGUCUUUUGGCUGCCAUGGCUUUUGACCGCUAUAUGGCCAUAUGCUCUCCACUUCACUAUGCAACACAGAUGAGUCGUGGUGUAUGUGCCCAUUUGGCAUUGGUUUCUUGGGGAGUAGGAUGCAUGGUUGGUCUGGGCCAGACCAACUAUAUUUUCUCCUUGGACUUCUGUGGCCCUUGUGAGAUAGACCACUUCUUCUGUGACCUCCCACCCAUCCUGGCACUUGCUUGUGGGGAUACAUCCCAUAAUGAGGCUGCAGUUUUUGUUGUGGCCAUCCUUUGCAUUUCCAGCCCGUUUUUACUGAUCGUUGCUUCCUAUGGCAGAAUUCUAGCUGCUGUGCUGGUCAUGCCCUCAUCUGAAGGACGACAUAAAGCUCUUUCUACCUGUUCUUCUCAUCUACUGGUAGUAACACUCUUCUAUGGAUCAGGGUCUGUCACCUACCUGAGGCCUAAAGCUAGCCAUUCACCAGGAAUAGAUAAACUCCUAGCCCUUUUCUAUACAGUGGUGACAUCCAUGCUCAACCCCAUCAUCUAUAGUUUACGGAAUAAGGAGGUCAAAGCAGCUCUCCGGAGAACUCUGGGGAAGAAGAAAGUUUUGACUCAUGGGUAG